ACCGGAGCUCGGCGGGGGGCACGUGCGAAAGGGGAAGCCGUUCCGCGCGCGCGCAGGCGGGCGUCUCGAGGCCCCCCCCCGUUCGACGUCAAACACCUGUCUUGUUUCUGAGCGGCGGGGGCAAAUAACUCUUCCAAGACUUCUGUCCUCGGAGACUUCGGGAGGAAGUCGACGGGGCCCUCUGCGGGCACCCGGGCGACAUGGCGUGCGCGGAGCUGCUUAUCAUGGCCCUCCUGGCGGCCUUGAAGAAACAAAACAUGACCCAGGAGCCGAUAGUGAUGUGGCUUGGCAACUCCUCUUCUCCCCCGCGACUGAUCCCCUGGUCGAGCGUCAACAAAUCACCCGGCGGAGGACACGGCGAGCAACCAAAACUCCACGCGGGUGUGAGCCCCGAGGGCCCAGCGAAGCCAUUCCGUCCCACCAGCCAACACACUCUGACGUCGCUAGCGGCGCUGCCGUCGCAUUAUCGGCAUCCACAGAGGAAAAAGCCCGGCGGUCCACGCAAGAAGAAAAAACGUGGUGGCGUCCGCGGCCCACGAAAGAAGAAAAAGAACCGAAAGAAAAAGUUUAGAAAAGGUGCGAGGAACCUCCGCGGCGGCAGGGGACGCUCGAAGCGCAAGGGGCGAAAAAGACCAAAGGGCGGGAAGAAACCACCGCGCGGAAAGAAGCAGACGACAAGGAGGUCGCAGAGGAGGAAAAGUACGCGCAGGCGAGGUUCUUCUGUCUCACCAGACGGAGGUGUUUCUACAAGGAGCGCGACGCGAGGACGUCGACGUCAUCCCCACAGUCCUGGAGAGGGACAGCAGAGCCAAUCCAGAAAGCCGGCGACCAAACCAGUUGACGUGGAACACGAUAAGACUGGCGUGGGUCGCAAGACAACGUCGCUAACGUGGACGUCGACGUCGUUGAAGCUCGAAGGUACCCUCACUAUCGGUAGCCGGAAACCGGAGUCUAACACUCCUGGGGCGAGUGUCCGGCCAGGAAAGGCGACGCGGAAACCGCAUGACGGGAAGGAACAUUCGACGCUCCGAACUCACGGAACGGGGCAGCCAAGUAAUCGAAUACAUCAGAGUACCACGAAAUCGAAACAUUUGCCCGGUGGCCACGGUAUUGCGAAGUCCGCUGAGCAAGGUGCGCGUCACAAGAAGCACGAAACGCACCAGGGACGACCACCAGCAUCGCCUCACCACGGUAUGCUGCCCAAGACUCAGUCAAGCUCGCCGGAGAAGGCAGCAUCGACAAAUAGCGUAGACAAGCUCGAUCGGAAACAGGGUAUGGGACAAACGGGAGGAGGCAGCAGCCAAGCACAGAGCGAGAAGUCGUCGGCCGUUACUCCAAGCCUGAAAGCCGAGUCUUCUACGCCAACUGUCGCGGCAAGCCAAGCGCCUGCUCAAAUGCGCGGCAAAAAUUCGGACGCCAGCACCGGAAAGCCAGCGGAAUCUUCCGGAACGACAUCAGCCGCGGGGUCUGCCAAGACUGUCUUGAGUAGCUCGCCUGCGGAGAAGACUGGAUCCAGACUCACAACGCGCCUGCGCGACAGUAAAUUCGGUGCGUCUGCUGCAGUGACGACAGUUUCGAAAGCGCGACCACCUUCGUCUAUGGGGUCGAGCCGGCUUACGAGAAGGCCCAGUUCGCAAACGACAUCGAAAGGCAACGGUAAAGAAGGGGGUACCACUCAAGCCGCGCCGCCUCAUAAGAAGAAGAAGCCGGAACUCCACAGGGGUCAUCACCACCAACGUCACAAGCAUCACGGCAGCAUCCACCACCCGUCGCGUCGCCUGGAUGUGACGCCACUCUUGACUUCCCUACGUCGACUCGAGCAGGCGACGAAGGCUGGCGAAAUGACGACGGCAAACAAGGCAGCGCUGACGAGGCGCCCAGAAGCAAAAGAUGGCCAAGAGGCUUCGAUAUCACCGCAAGCGGCGCGGCUUGCGAGCAGCACGAGUCUGUCUGCACUGUUGCGAACUAUACCCGUAAAAGCGCCAGAAGCUUCCACCAGUAAAUAGAAAACGUAAAAACGAUCGCAAUAAUAAUAUACAGUUUUAGAAUAG